CCUACCUGUCGACAUCUGAAAGCUUUUCUUCCCGAGCAAAUUCGUCCUACUUUUUUCGUUCCAAAGCUGCUUGUGGUAAUUUUGGGCAGCUGCCAUUAAAAACUUGCCCGAAGCUUACUCUCGUUAGCUUCAACGGAGACACCUUCAGUGAGCUGUUCUGUUCCAGGUAGCUACAAGAAACUCGGACACACGGCUUGCGCAGGGAGCAGGUGGUCUUCUUCUUCUCGCUGUGCUUCCAAUAAGCUCGUUUAAUUGGCUUUGUGCUAUGGAAAUUGGCAGAGAGGUGCGCUUUGUUUAGCAGAUCCCCAUUUUAUUUAUUGGAGUACACGAGGCAAAAGUGCCGGGUAAUUUUUAGUGGAUUAGACAGUAAAGCAAGAUGGGAGGUUUUAAGUGGCCGCCAUUUUGAUUGCUUUGCUUGGGCUAUGGUGGGGAAGGACUUCCGCACCAGAAAAAUUUUGGAAGAUUUGCUGCUGCAACAUGUCUGCCGAGCCAAGGAUGAUAUGGCCCCAUUUUCAGAUUUGGACUUGGCUCAGAAGCUUUACCAGUUCCUGCAGUCCAAGAGAUUCUUGAUUGUUUUGGAUGAUGCCUGCUCUGCCGAUGCUUGGGAGUGCCUCCGCAUUGCACUUUUGUCUCAAGAACCAACCGCCAGCAAAGUGCUGCUCACCACUCGGGAUGUCGGAGUUGCAGACAAGAUUGCUUCUUCAUUAGCCGACGACAAAGGAUUCAUUCACCGGAUGAGAUUUCUUAACCCAGACGAAGGCUGGGAGCUUCUCCGCGAGAUGGCUUUCAGAGCUCACUCUUCUUCUGGUAAAGGCAUCAUUUCCAGAAAAAAUCUUACCUCUCCUGGGCAGACCACAUAUCUUCUUGCUGGGUUCCAAUUUGUCCAUGAGGUCUUCAUCGUUGCUGUUAAUUUGCAGAAGCAUCUAGGUUUAGCAGAGCGCCUCGACAUUCUUGUCUUCUUCUUCGGCUUCUUGGAUUUGUGGCUGAAGAUUUGGGGCUCCCAAUUGAGUCCCUAUUUUUUCCUCCAUAUAAUUUUCCAUUCGGUGAUUGUUUGAGGAAAGAAAUUAAAAGGAGAAUACGGUCGCAUAGUUGUUAGAUAAAAUUACCCUCGUAUUUUGCCACGUGUACUGCUAAUUUCACAGAUUAAGAGCAAUUAUUGACUAAA